AUGGUAAGUCCAAAUGUAGGAGACUUACCACCAGUAACACAGUACCUUGGAGUCCCUUAUGGUGUUACACCUUCUGGCCAAUAUCGUUUCAAUAUGGCAAUAUCAGCUGCAAAAUGGACUCAUAUGCCCAAAGAUGCAUAUCGCUUAUCAUCCGUUUGUAUACAAUCUGGCAUUCCUGAACUUGCUGAAGCAAAGGCUCUUAAAACAACAUCAGCACAGCGUUAUGAUCAUAUGCAUAAAUUACUGCCAAAAUUGAAACCUCAAUCAGAAGAUUGCUUGUAUAUGAAUCUAUAUGUGCCUGAAAGAAUCGAUUUUCACAUGGUUCCUAAUCGAAAGCAGUUACCAGUUUUAGUAGUGAUUCAUGGAGAUGAUUAUGGUUGGAAUAGUGGUAAUCCAUACAAUGGCACAGUAUUAGCAUCAUAUGGACAAAUUAUUGUUAUCACACUCAAUUAUCGUCUUGGAGUUUUUGGAUUUCUGGGUAGAUGCGAGUCAUCGAGUUGUUCUGGUAAUGCAGGAUUGUCAGAUUUAGUCGCAGCUCUCAAAAUGCUUAGUAAUAUUUUGCCAGCUUUUGGUGGUGAUCCAAAUGUGAUUACAUUGCUUGGCUGGGGUUCCGGUGCAUCCCUGGUAUCUUUGUUGAUGUCAUCUCCGAUCACUCAACCAAAUAAUCGCAUGUUUCGUCGAGCGAUACUGUUAGAUGGAUCUGCGCUAGCACCUUGGGCAAUGAGUGAAAAUCCGCAGCCUACUUUCUUCCAACUUGCUGAACAUCUCAAAUGUAUCGACAAGACUGACGGGAAGAAACGCUUACUGCACAGUGAAAAAAGUGUUGAGAGCAUCAUACGUUGUAUGCAAGAUCAUUCACCACAAAAUAUUACAAGAGCUGCACGUAAAAUCUCGACGCCAACAUUUCUGUCACGUUUUGCUCCGAUUAUCGAUGGACAAGUUGUACCGAACAAUCCUAAAACACUUUUUGGUACACAAUUUGGAUCGCUAUUCCGUGAUAUUGACUUACUUAUUGGCGUGACUACAAAUCCGGCACACCAUUUGCUUCCAAAUGAAGAUAUCCGAUUAGGCAUCAACAAAGAUAAACGUGAUAGAAUCUUCCGGACGUUAGUGAGAAAUUUAUAUGACUUUCAUCGGAAGGAAAUCUUAGCUGCUGUCACAAAUGAGUACACUGACUGGGAAAAUCCAAAGGGUCAUCCAAAAACAAUUCGCAAUGGUGUUCUUGCGGCGCUCAGCGAUGUUCUGUUUGUUGCGCCACUGAUCGAAACUGCGCGACUGCAUUCUAUUGAUGACAUAAAGCAAACUUCAAACACUUUUAUGUUUUUGUUCGCUCAUGAAUCAAAGUAUGCUUCUGAAGAAAGCCUUGAGAGUGGUAUUCGAGGUUCCAUUUCCGGUGAUCAAAUACCUUACAUUUUUGGGUACCCAUUAAAAAAAGAUGAUGACAUUUAUUCUGGUUUUAAUGCUGAAGAUCAAGCGAUCACCAGAGUUCUCAUGCAUUACAUCUCAAACUUUGCUAAGUCUGGGUACUGUUAA